GAAUUCACUACUUUUCUCUAGAGCCAGACAUUACUUGAAUUAUAAUAAACAUGGUCCGACACAAAAAAGACAACUUCGCCAGAGGCGGAAAAAAGUCAGGACCACCCCGCCACCGACCCUCACCCCGCGCCGGCACUCAAGAUGAAAAUGAUACCACAGAGGGCGGCGCAACAAGACCGCCUUUCAAAGCUGCAUGCUGGGAUCUGGGACAUUGCGAUCCGAAAAGAUGCUCGGGGAAGAGAUUGAUGAAUUUUGGGUUGAUGAGAGAGCUUCAAAUUGGACACAAGCAUUCGGGAGUUGUGAUUUCACCGAAUGCGAAACGUGUGCUCUCCCCCGCAGAUAGAGAUCUACUCGAACAAUACGGCGCCGCUGUGGUGGAAUGUUCCUGGGUUCGUGUCAAGGAAGUCCCUUGGUCCCGUAUUGGAGGAAAGUGCGAGAGACUACUACCCUACCUCAUCGCCGCAAACUCGGUCAACUACGGUCGGCCCUGGCGCCUAAACUGCGUCGAAGCACUAGCGGCCUGUUUCUACAUCUGCGGCCACGAAGACUGGGCGGAGGAAGUAUUAAAACAUUUCUCGUACGGCGAAGCAUUUAUCAAUAUUAACUCACAACUUCUCAAACGAUAUGCGGCAUGUUCGAAUGAAGAGGAUAUUAAGCGGACAGAGGAAGAAUGGCUGAAUAAGAUUGAGCGGGAAUAUAAUGAAAGCCGUGCGGAGAGGGAAGCAGGUGGUGCGGAUGAUAUGUGGCAUAGGGGGAAUACGAAUCGAUUAGAGAUUCCUGAUUCGGACGAUAAUCAAGACGAGGACGAAGAUGGAGAGGGAGAAGAGGAAGAGGAAGAGGAAGAUAAAGACCCAUUCGCAAUUUCAGAUGACUCCGACGACGAAGAAGAAAUGGCUGAAAUUCGACGAAAAAUCCUUAAUUCAAAGAGUUUUCAGAAUCCGACAUCUGAAUCAUCAUCGCAAGAACCUCAACCUCAACCUGCGUCCUCGACAAAGACACCCUCCCAAUCACAAAAUAAGAAACAACUACCAAUAGACUCAGACUCAGAAUCCGGCUCCGCCGAAGUGAGCGACGACGAAGACGACGAAGCGUUCGAUAAUAUCAUCAACGCGACGCCUGUGACGGACCGGACGGGUAUUCUGGCGGCGAAAAAGCAGCGAAAAGUCAAUGAUUCUUUAACGGCAUCUUUUUCGCGAACAGUGAUAUCUGCGCCGAAGAAGUGGUGA